GAAGCAUACCAGAUUUUCAGCCGUGAUGGCUUUCAAAAGCAUCGCCCUGUUUGCGCUUAUCGCUGUGGCCAGCGCCCAGCAUUACCAUCAGUACCAGCAACCCCAGUACCACCACCAGCCGGAAUAUCAGCACUACCAGCCACAACAGGUGGUUUACAAGCAGCCCGCUCUGGUCAAGACUGUCCAGCCUGCCCUGGUCAAGACCGUGCAGCCUGCCCUGGUCAAGACCGUGAAACACGUCGAGUAUCCUGAUGCCCCGGCCGAGUACCAGUUCGCUUACGAUGUGCACGAUGACCAUACUGGUGACGUCAAGAGCCAGCAGGAGGAACGCCACGGAGAUGUCGUCAAGGGACAGUACACCCUGAUCGAUGCCGAUGGAUACCGCCGUAUUGUGGACUACACCGCUGACGACCAUAACGGAUUCAACGCCGUUGUCCGCCGUGAACCUGUUGAGGGCCACAAAGUCGUGAAAACGCUUGCUCCUGUUGCUAAGCUGGUCGCUCCGGUGGCUAAGGUCUACGCUGCCCCGACCGUCACGAAGGUGUUCGCUCCACAGCCUGUCCACUAUCAGCAGCCUGUCCAUUAUCAGCAGCCCGCUCAGCAGUACUACCAGGCUCCGGCCAAGGUAUACGCCGCUCCUGUGGCUAAGGUAGCACUUCCUGCCGUCGCUAAGGUUGCCCUUCCGGUCGCUAAGGUUCCGGUUGCGUACGCUCCGCACCAUGAUGCCGUCAACCACGUGCAGUUCCACGGACCGUCCAGCAACUACCAUUACUAAGCGAUCUGCCAGAGCCAAACACGUGAGUGUGCAGAUGCUCCUAGUACGGAACCGACCUUUAUGAAGCGAAUCGAUUGAAUGGCUGUUACGUUAACUAAUUGUAAA